AUGGAACUGGUUAGAUUGGCAAAGAAUACUCUAAAGAAGUCAUCUGUGGCACACAAAUGGCGUAUGCGCAAGGAUUAUCGGGAUGUGGGUGACAGACCAGGAGAUGAGGGGAUAUGGAGUAAAGAUCUUGAACCACAUGCCUUUGGAGAAUACUCGUUUGCGGCUAUACGGGCCAAUGAGCCUAUGGAGGACCAUAGCCAGGUUGAUGUUGGUGUAAGGGCCACGUUCGUUGGUGUUUAUGAUGGGCAUCAUGGGGAUGCAACAGCGGUUCACAUUCGUGAAUCUCUUCUCGGUCAUCUUGUUCGUGAGUAUUUGUUUUAUGAUCUUUAUGUUAUUGAUUUGUUGGGUCAACUUGACUUGUCAUUGACUGUAUUAUAUGUGGUGGCAAAAUGGUCAAAGGUGGCAAAAUGGGUGGUCGGGUUGAAUAAUGGAUCAAAACGGGUAAUGGUAAAAUACAGGUCCAUUGGUUGGGUUGGGUCAGGUCACAUUCAACAACAGAGAUCAGUAUCCCAACUAAUGCUUGAGGACGCUUUUGAUGACACUGAAAAAGCAUGGGUUGACUUUGUGGAGGCAGAACAUGUGAGAACACCUGAUGUGACUAAAAUUGGUUCGUGUUGUCUGGUUGGGCUUUUAUGGGAUGGGAUGUUGUAUGUUGGUAAUGUGGGUGAUUCUAGAGCAGUUAUAGGGCAGGCGGUAGGAAAGGGUAACAAAGUUGUUGCUCGCCAAGUAACCCAGGAUCACAAUGUCAACUUGGACGAGGCUAGAGAAGAAGUCAAGCAUAGUAAUAGACAUGACCCGGGGAUAGUCGUUAAAGUAAAUGGCAUAUGGCGUGUUAAAGGUGUUAUUCAGGUUUCCAGAAGUAUAGGUGACCUCUACUUGAAGAUGCCAAAAUUUGUUGAUCUGGGCAUAACAGGACCUCUGAGAGAACCCGCUUUGAGCAACGCACCUUUCCUAAAGACAAAGGACUUGCAAUCUGAUGACAAGUUUGUCGUGUUUGCCUCGGAUGGACUAUGGGAAAACAUAAGUAAUCAAGAGGCGGUUGAGAUUGUUAACAAACAUCCCAGAGCAGGGAUUGCAAAAACACUUGUUAGAUUAGCAAUGAAGGAAGCAGCAAUCAAAAAAGGUCUAAAGUACGAUGACCUGCCAAGGUACCAACCAGGAGCAAGACGUGAUAUUCAUGACGAUAUAACAGUAGUUGUCAUUUUCUUUGACAAUGAAACAAGAGCUAACCUGAAUGAAGUUUCGGUAAAAGGGCUCGAGAACAUGGCCACACCAUCAGAGCUCAGGUGGUUGCAAGGGCAAAUCAUAACCGGUUGA